UAGCAACCCCAAGCCAUCUCGAAGUGUCAUGUUGGCGGUCUCUGGCUUUAUUUUGAAACGCCGGACCGGAACUCUGUGUAAUAUGAUCCUCGCGCGAGGAAAUCCCGGUUGGGAUCUUGUGGGACAGAGCCCACCUAGCUGGGAUACUGGACCGGAACAGCGUCCUGAUUUUGUUGAGAGGUCAUACCUGUUAUAGACGGAGCUUUUAACCGCUACGGAGUGUCCCGGAGCUCCCGCUGCGCAGCUCCACAUCCAGGCCGAGGAGGACCCCAAGCUGUUCAUCUGUCGCGGAGACAAAACCCACGGAGGGACAGGAGCGGGGAUCCAAACUACACACCUCCAGUGUUUACCGAACCACCAGCAUCCACUGGUGUUGUUCACCUCUCCGGGUCUCUCCUGCGUCUCGUCCGGGAACUCAGCCCCACUCUCCGGCCUGAUGUGAGGCGGACUUUAACGCGUGGGAGUCGGCGAUUUCCUGUCUUUAUCCUUGGUUUGUGGAAGCUAUAGCUAGUUAGCUUUAGCCACCUAACAAGGCCGUCUCGUCCGGUUCGUCAUGACACAAAGUGCCGUAAAAAGCCUCCAGUAGUCCGGCAACACGUUAGGAAGCCGGUGGGAUACUGCCCAGACAGGAGGUGGGAUAUGGGGAAGCGGUGCUCCGCCGCCUGCCGCACAUCUGUCACUGAAGCGGAGCUGGGAAGUGGGACGCACCGCCGAACAGCUGCUUUCUCCGGACAGUAGCAGCCACCUGCCGCGGCCGCUGGAGGAACACUCGGAUUAGAUACUCCAGGGAUGUAGAGGGUCUGAGCUCUCUGUUGGAUUAAAACAUUACUGCGUAGAGACCAAAUCCAGCAUCAAUCCCGCUGGUCAGCAGAUGAGGAUUCAGAAGUCCUGAACAGUCUCCUGGAGCUUCACCGACCUGAUUCUCCAAACCUCUCCCCGGGGGUCCGCUGCUUUUUGCGGAGAGCAGUUAGGUGAACCCCCACAGGGAGUUCCAGGGAUGAACUACCAGCAGCACCUGGCCAACUCGGCCGCGAUCCGGACCGAGAUCCAGAGGUUCGAGUCCGUCCAUCCCAAUAUCUACUCCAUCUAUGAGCUGCUGGAGCGGGUGGAGGAGCCGCUGCUGCAGAACCAGAUCCGGGAGCAUGUCAUCGCGAUCGAAGAUGCGUUUGUGAACAGUCAGGAGUGGACCCUGAGCCGAACAGUACCAGAACUUAAAGUGGGCAUUGUGGGUAAUCUGGCCAGUGGGAAGUCGGCGUUGGUCCACAGGUACCUGACAGGAACGUACGUCCAGGAGGAGUCUCCUGAGGCUGACGUGGAUGCAGGAGGACGCUUUAAGAAGGAGAUGGUGGUGGACGGUCAGAGCCACUUGCUGCUGAUCAGAGAUGAAGGAGGUCCUCCUGAGGCUCAGUUUGCAUUAUGGGUUGACGCCAUCGUCUUCGUCUUCAGUCUGGAGGACGAGAUCAGCUUCCAGACGGUCUACCACUACUUCAACCGCCUGGCCAGCUUCAGGAACGCCACAGACCUGCCACUGGUUCUGGUCGGGACACAAGAUGCCAUCAGCUCGUCCAAUCCGAGGGUGAUUGACGACAGCCGUGCCAGGAAGCUGUCCAAUGACCUGAAGCGCUGCACCUACUAUGAGACCUGUGCUACCUACGGCCUAAACGUGGAGCGGGUCUUCCAGGACGUUGCCCAGAAGAUCGUUACCAUCAGGAAGAAGCAGCAGCUCUCCAUCGGACCUUGCAAGUCACUCCCAAACUCCCCGAGUCACUCGUCUGUCUGCUCCACACAAGUCUCUGCUGUCCAUGUCAGCCAGACCAGUAAUGGUGGUGGAGGUGGAGGUGGAGGUGGUGGUGGGGGUGGGGGUCUCAGUGAUUUCUCAUCCUCGGUUCCGUCCACACCCAGCACUAGUCAGAAGGAGCUCCGGAUGGACGUCCUCCAAAGCUCCAACACCCCAACUCCGGUCCGGAAGCAGUCCAAACGGCGCUCUAACCUCUUCACGUCCAGAAAGACCAGCGACCCAGACAAAGACAAGAAAGGUCUGGAGACUCGAUCCGACAGCAUCGGCAGUGGACGGGCCAUCCCGAUCAAACAGGGCAUGCUGAUGAAACGGAGCGGGAAGUCGCUCAACAAAGAGUGGAAGAAGAAGUAUGUGACGCUGUGUGAUAACGGACUGCUCACCUACCACCCCAGCCUACACGACUAUAUGCAGAACGUUCAUGGGAAGGAGAUUGACCUGCUCAGAACAACCGUUAAGGUGCCGGGUAAGAGACCGCCGCGUGCAGCAGGGUCGGGCCCCAGCACCAACGGACUAACAAAGGACAUGAGCAGCCUUCAGCUGGGACAGGGCUCAGGUUUAGUGUCUAGCAGUUCAUUGGUGACCCAGAUGGCGAGUGGCGUCAGCCUGGUUUCAUUUAACAGUCACGGUCUUGACGGGAUUCACCAGCGCUCCUACUCCGUCUCCAGCGCUGAUCAGUGGACCGACGCCACCGUCAUCGCCAACUCUGGAGUCGGCACAGACACGGUCCUGGGUGACCCAGUCUGCUCAAGUCCCAGUAUCUCCAGCACCACCAAUCCAAAGAUGGAGCCUCCUCCAUCGCCUCAUUCCAACCGUAAGAAGCACCGGAGGAAGAAGAGCACCAGUAACUUUAAAGUUGACGGACUCUCUGGUACUGCUGAAGCAGAACAAGAGGAGAACUUUGAGUUCAUCAUCGUUUCUCUGACGGGGCAGACGUGGAACUUCGAGGCCACUUCGUACGAGGAGCGGGACGCCUGGGUCCAGGUGAUUGAGGGCCAGAUCCUGGCCAGCCUGCAGUCGUGUGAGAGCAGCAAGAACAAGUCUCGGCUGACGAGCCAGUCGGAGGCGUUGGCCCUGCAGUCGGUCCGGAGCAUUCGAGGAAACGGUCGCUGUGCCGACUGCGACGCUCUGAACCCGGACUGGGCCAGUCUUAACCUGGGAGCUCUGAUCUGCAUCGAGUGCUCGGGGAUCCACAGGAACUUGGGUACCCACCUGUCCAGGGUCCGGUCUCUGGACCUGGACGAAUGGCCGCUAGAGCUCAUCAAGGUGUUGUCAGCCAUCGGCAACGAGCUCGCCAACAGCGUGUGGGAGGCCAACGCUCAGGGUCGCCUCAAACCCGGACCGGACGCCAGCAGGGAGGAACGAGAGCGCUGGAUCCGAGCCAAGUAUGAGCAGCGUCUUUUUCUGGCACCGCCGUCAUGUUCCGACUUCUCUUUAGGCCAGCAGCUGCUGAGAGCGAUGGCCGACGAAGACCUCCGCUCCGUCAUCCUGCUGCUGGCCCACGGCUCUCGGCAGCAAGUCAAUGAGACUUAUGGAGAGGGCUGCAACGCGUUGCACCUGGCCAGUCACAAGGGCAGUGUUGUCAUGGUGCAGCUGCUCGUCUGGUAUGGCUUGGACUUGAUGGCGAGGGAUGCCCAUGGGAACAGCGCUAUGGCGUAUGCACGGUUGGCCAAUAGUCAGGAGUGCAUGGAUGUCCUGGCUCAGUACGGAUGCCCCGACGAUCGCUACCCACUUACUGCCACACCUAACCUCUCGCGCCGCAACAUCAACCGCAAUAACAGCUGCAGCAGCACCGGGAGUUCUGCACUCAUGUGACCAGGACACUACUUGACCAGGACUAAUUCACCAGUAAACAAGUCAGUUUGGAGAUCUAUUUUGGAGUCACCACAUUGCUGAUAGCCUCGCCUACAUGUUCUGAUAGCCACCCUAUUGGAGGAAGUCGGAGAGCUGGUGAUGCUUCAAUUGGGAGAGUCUUCAGCAAAGUCUGCUGGGAAUUGUUGUCUACACUAAACAGUAUUUAUUAGACACAUUCAGAUUUAAAAUGGAAGGCCAGUACCUCUUCAACCUAUCUAAAUCCACGUCCUGUUCCCUUCCAAUCUUCUUUGGAACCCAGAAAAACAUUUCGCCACACAAACGUCCUAAUGCCAUCAUCGUCCGGUUCAAUACCCUUUCCUCUGGGACUCUCACCUGCAUUGUCUCACCUUUCCUAACCUGCCCCUUGGUUUUCCCCGGUAAUCUCUGUGACCUUGUUUUGGAAUUCAGUUGAUGUUUUUAGAGGACAGAGAUCAGUUUUUAGGUGUGCUUGGUGUUUUUCUACAGGUGUAUAUAUUUACCUGGAUGUGUUGCUGGACCAGUGGUGAUCCCUCAUUGUACAAAGUCAUAAAAUGUACAGAGCCUUUAGGGACCAGAGACUGUCUACCAUGGCCCAUCUGGAUCCAGGGGCUCUUUAUGGUUAAAUGGAACCAGACUGACAUAGUUGGACUUAGUGCUGAGGUAAACCAUCUCAGUGUAGAAAUAAGGGAACUGGUUUUCUUCUUCAGGUGUUCCAACAUCAGUUCAUAUUUUCCAGUCCAAUCAGAGUCACUGUAAAUCUCUAAGAAGGGCUUCUUCUCUUCUAUAAAAUGUUUUUUUU